AUGAACCUUGUUAAUGUUAUAGUGACGACGUCAGGCUUAACUGUGACCUAUUCCGAUGGAAAAAAAUCAACACACCCCACGAAUCUCUCGCCGGUACCCGACGAAAAGGGUAAUAUAUUUUACCAUCGACCAGUCGCCAAAAAUGAACCAAAAGCCAAUUUGUAUGUUACAAAACUCGGUCAAGAACUGAGUAAAGAAUUGAAACAACAGAAUAUAAAAGUUCUUAGGGGUAAUGGAUCAAAAUUUCGAUCACCGGCAGAAUUUAAAGAUCAUCUUUUGUGGUUAGCUUCGGAUAAGGCGGUUUCAUGCAAUUGUAAAUAUUGUGGAGGUCAAACAUCAGCUACUUUAGAAGCCGUUUUCGCAUCCUCGCCAAAAUCAUCGAGGGAACUUAAUGUACAAAAGAGAAAAGCCAGCACGCUCAGGAGUGAUAAAAAUGAAAGCAAUGUAAAAUUUGUCAAUAUGUAUCGAUGCAAAGAAAUUGUGUGGGGUGAUAUAGAAUAUAUAUUGAAUUCAAGUCAGCAUGAAAUACUAUCUAAGGAGUUAGGAGGUGAUCAAAUCAAGUACUGGCCGGCGUUAGUUCAUCAACGUUCAAGAGCUGAUGUUGACAAUUUUAGAGAUAGCGAUAACGAUUAUGUAGUACUUUAUGUUUUGCAGCCAUUGAUGUUACCUGGGACAAUGAAAUUACCACAUAAAGCCAUUCUACCAUGUCCAAAUAAUAUUCAAUCUCCCGAGAGUUCAAAUAAUAUUCAGUCGCUUGAGAGUUCAAAUAAUAUUAAGCCAGUUGAUAGUUCAAAUAAUAUUCAAUCACUUAAACAGAAUGAAUUGAUCAGCGCUUAUCUUAAAGCUAUUGCCUUAGCAGGAAGAGUUGCUUCAACGUAUACUCCAUUGCAACAAUAUAAAUAUAUGGUGCACCCCAUGUAUCUGUUAAAAGUUGAGAGUUUGGGAGAAAAAAAAUUGCUACUAGAAAUGGAAUCAUACCCACAUUAUAGAAACAUUUUGUUAGGCACUGAGCUACUACGUGAAAAUGAUUAUGUUCGUUUGAAGCAUUCUUCACGUGAUUAUAGCGAUGAAAUGCCGAUUUUUAAAAUAAAUACUAUUUAUCUCAACGCUCAAAACAAAAUUCAGUUGAGUGGUGAUAUGUUUGUCAAGGAUCCGUCUAUGAAAUUUAACGGGAAUGUACCACUAUUGAUUAAGUUGAAUGAAGAAAAUUUUGAAUAUGCAAUGGACUUGUCUGAAAUAGCGGGGCGGUAUUACAUUUUGCAUCACAUCAUUCGUAGCAUGCCUGCUACAGCUCAACUGCCUUAUGAAGAUAGGAUACUAUUGGUAGAUGAAGCACCUAAACAAGCUGUAGUUUCAACCGGCUUAAGGAAGCAAGUGGCUAGACGGUCGAUGUCAUUACCCAAUAAAAAGAUUAAAGUUGAUAAAAGAUCAUCAUUACCUAAUGAAUUAUUAAAGCACAGUUUAUAG